ACAAACGACAACAACAUUUACAUUAGCAUUUAGAGAAAUUUGGGAAGUAAAUGUAAACAAUAACGCAAAAAUGCAAAUAAAGCCAAUAAUUUCUUAUUCUGGGUCUUGUCCACUUUUUCGUUCUCUCGAGGCGCAGAUAUUGAAUGCCAUUCCAUUAGACACCUGUGAGUGGCGGCGAACAUUCCACCGUCCCACUAAACAUGUACGUUUGGAUGCACAAACACAGCAGUUCGACAUCAAGGCACUUGAGAAGUAUAAGCAAGGCGAAUGGAGCAUCCUGGAGCAUCCUAUACUUUAUAUCUUCGUAACAGAAUGCAAUUUUGAUAGCUAUAAAGCUACUAUAAGGGAAGAAAUCCAUGCUUGGUUGAAACUCCUGACCUCUUACGGAGUUUCGGAUUGGAUGAUUCUUUUGGUGGAAACUCUGGAUAUGCGCAAGACUAAAAACAUACUGCCACGUACAACAGUAUUGGACAAAAUACGGCUUGAUUUUUGUAGUAAAAACGAUGAUCGCUGUAUUUCUGUCCUCAGUCCCGCAAAAUUUGAGCAAAAGAGCACGGAGUCUUUUCGUUGUUUAUUGCAACGCAUCAGAUUUCUCAUGCUUACCAGCUACAAUCGUAAUAUAGCCCAAUACCAGGAACUCAUACGUAGCAAACGGGAAAAGCGUAAUCAUGAUGGUUGGGACUUUCGUCAGUAUUUCUUCAUGCAAGAGGAUUUGGCGCUAGUUUAUGAAAAGCUUGAGUUACCCACUGAAGCCCUCAUACAAUACGAUGAAUUGGAUGCCAUGUUCUCACAAUUCAUAACACACACUGGUUUUAGCGAUAAACAGAAAUGGUUAACAUACUUUCAGAUGCCUCUUCGAUCAUUCCAUGGUAUUUGCCUAUCUCGAGCCGACAAGUUUGAGGUCCGCAAUAAAAUAAGAGAAGAAGGAGGGAUUUCCAUAUUGGAGUUUCGCAAUUAUUUGUUUGAGCGACAGGCGCAUUUGCUCUAUCAAUGCAAUGAUAUACCCGAGAUAGCGAAACGUCUGUUAAAUUUUCUAUUCUCAACGCUGCGCGAAGUGGAGUUUAUUAAGCUGGACUGCCAGGAGGGUGCUUUAUGGUGCUGGGAGUUCGUGUGCGCCUUGGAAGUCUUACAGAUGUGUGAACUGGCCAUGGAUCCACGCAAUGAAGUUACCUGCUUUCAGCAUUGUGCGCCUAUAUGGAACUUGGCAAAGGACAAAUUAUACGCCCUUGGCAAACUAUGCGGUCUUUUGCCCGGUUGUAAGCCAACAUCGGAGCAACUGCACAUAGUCGUACAACUAUCAUCGGCUAUUGGAGACGUCCCAGCGGAUCAACAGCAACAGUUUUUAAAUGCUACGCCACAGCUUCGUGAACGUUCGCCGAAUCGCAAGCCAAAGAAAUCUGCUGCGGAACAACUUAAAGAGGCAUUGGGCUCAAAUGAGGCAUUUAAAAAACUGUACUUGGAACUGGCGGAGCUGGCCAUAAGCACCUACAAACAUGUGUCCCAAUUGCGAUUCGCCCGUUUAGCUGGCUUAGAUUUGGGAAACUUUUAUUGCGCUUUGAAUGAGCCACAUAAGGCAGUGGGUUUCUUUACGGAUCUGCUGCGUGAACUUAAAGCUGAAAACUGGCACUCUCUAAGCUCACAGACGCUUUUAGAGUUGGCUAAUUGCUAUCGUAAAAUGGGGGAUUCGCUUGCCUAUACCAAGAUAUGCAGUUCUAUAUCCUGCUGCGCCGAACUGGAGAUUCUGGUUCGCACAUUUUAUUUCGACGAAUUCCUUAAGUCCUUGAAAACUCUUAAAACCACUCUUUCGGCGCAGCCAUCGAUGGAGAAUGCCAAUUAUUGCGUGCUUGAGGAUCAUUUUCGGAUAUUGGACAUUGAGGUGUUAAAUAAGAAGCCCAUCAUACAAGAUGACUUUGUGAUGCUCCAGCUAAAGGUUGAAAGCUUAUACCCGCGUGAAAUUCUGGCUGAAAGCAUUAAAUUGUGCUAUGAGAUACAAACGGAGCCAGCACAAGCUUCACUGCAGGAUGUGCCCCUUUCCAAAACGACGUUAUUAGCAAAGUCGAGCUUGUCGUAUAUAAAUGCAUCCUUGCAGCUGAGCUACAAACAGGACAACACACUGGCUUCUGCGUCAGUAGCAUGUGAAACACCUAAGAAAAGUCAACCAGUUCGUCGCACAAAUAGCACCAAGCGCAAACUUUUGCCAAGCGUUCAAGCCGAUUUUACUAACUUCGUGCAAGCGGAGAAUGUAAUUUUGCAACCAGGACCUAAUACUAUUGAGCUAAAGGCGAAAGCCACUCGUGUGGGAAGAUGGCAGUUCGAACAGAUUUGCAUCAUAAUGUCUUCUUUGGAGUUCUUAUCGGAGCAAUUGCCCUAUACGCCAUCGUUUGAAAUUUGUACAAAGCCAGCUACUGCGGUACUCGAUUUUAAAACACUUGUUGCGGGCAUAAUUCAACCUAUUACUCUUAAGGUGGCGGGGGGUAGUUUUAUAUUUCCGCCCGAUGCCAAAAUAACACUAAAGUGUUCCAAAAAUCUACGUAUACGUAGUGCACUAGAUAAGAAAAAUCCAGAAUUUGACGACGACGCCACUUUUGGGACAUUGUUGCAGGUGCCACUCUUGGAAUUCAAGUCUUUCGAAGAGAGAAAUAUACCUUUGCAAGUGCUUACUGACAUGCCUGGUCGCAAAGGCACCAAACAUCAUGAGCAUUACAUAAGUCUCUGUUGUCCCUGGUCGAGGACUGAAUUGCAAAUACCUAUAGAAUUUAAGCCGGCUAUGGAGGCCUCGUGUCGCUUGCAUACAUGUGGCACACAAAAGUUUUUGCAAGUCAUCAUGAAGGGUCUGGAUGCAAAUCUUUUCCUACAAGACGCGAAGGUUAAGUGUGAUGUUCCAGGCGUACGACUGAUAGAUAUGAAUCCACCCUCACCGGAGCCAAUUAAUAUAUACAAACCACUCACCGUAACCUAUCUAUAUGAAAUACAAGUGGAGCCCUUGAAAACGGAGCAAGAACUGCCCAUUGUUAAGGUUCAUUUUGUCAUCAAAUAUGCUCACGAAGCGCAACCAAAAGUGUGGCGCAAUUUUGGUUGCGCUUUCGAUCUUGUGGAUUAUACGACACUUUUUAAAGUGCAGGCUCAAUUGGAACCGAACGAGCUAUGUCGUGUGCGUUCGGUGUGCAAUAUGAAUCUUAAGAUCACUAAAGUGCAAGAGAAUCCCUAUAAUGAUCUAAUGUACGAGGUGCUUAACGAUCAGAACUUAUGGGCGGUUUGUGGACGAUCAGCUGGCGUUGUCUCCAUGCAGGAUGUAGACAGUCAUUCAAUAUCACUGGAUGUAAUGCCUUUAAGUACUGGCUUUUUACCAAUGCCUAGCAUACGACUCUCCAAGUAUACAGCCGGUGGUAAAAACAAAAACGAUGCUCACUCCAAAGUGUACCCUUUUCCACCUGGUCAAGUCUACAAUUCGACCAAGAGCGUACAGAUACAUGUUAUAGCAAGCGUUAAUGUUGAACAAUAAAUAGGAAAUGUUUUAACCUAGUCAAGUAUUACUAAGAUACUUGUAAAGUUGCAAUUUUUGUAUGGGUAC